UAUUUUGUACACUCACGAAUUUUGCAACAAUUUUUCUCUACAUCUCUAUCGAUUUUUCUCUCAUUUAAAGUAUUUUGAGUACUUUUCAGCUGAUAAUCAAAGAAAGACGAAAGACAAAUCUAAUACUCAGUUGCGAUCAAGCUUCCAUAUCUUUUACGUCACAGAAGUUCCCAACUUCCCAGCCUUAAAAAUCCAGCAAAAAAAUAUUUCCAAAUAUGUUUAGCAAAAAAAAUAUAGACACAGAUCUUAGUAAAUGCAGAAUUAUUAAAAAUUUGAUUGUCGUAUCGUUAUCAAUUUUAUUUCUGCUCUCAGGCGAUAAUUGUCUUAUAACGCUACAAACCACAAUGAAUAAAGAACAAGGAGUAGGAACAGCUUCUUUGGCUUUCAACUUCAUCACAUUUGGGAUUGCAUCAUUAUUGUUUACCAGUUUCCUUGUGAAGAAAUUGGGGAGUAAGAAUGCACAACUCUUAGGAAUGGGAAUGAUGCUACCCUACAUUGCAUACAAUUUUUAUCCAACUUGGAUUACCAUGAUACCUGCAGCGAUACUGAGGGGCAUCGGUAGUUGUUUGCUUUGGGCAGCUCUGUGCACUUAUUUCAAUGAAUCAUCUGUUCUGUUUUGCAAAAUUGGAGAAAAUGGGAAAAAAUCCAAAUGUGCAUCUCAAGUAGAGCCUGUAAAUGAAAAUUCUGAGAUGAAGUCGAGUUUUAAAUUAGAUGGAAAAAAAGUGGAGAAAUUGUCAGCAUCUGAUCUACUCAAUAAAGCAAGUAACAGUCCUGUAGCAAGCCGAAAUUGCACCAGACACCUUGUAGAUACCACACCUGUUAGGCUUAGUGCUUGCAAAUCUAAGAAAGAUAGUUUACCAGAAAUUAGAACACUUUCGAAAGUGAAGGAUAUAGAAAAAACAGAAGACACCAACGAUCGCAAGCUAAAAAACUUUAAAGACACAGGAAUUCCCAAAAUAUUAAAUAAUGCUUUAGAUGAGAUAAAAGAAGAAAUAUCAUUUGAUUCCCCUCUCGAAAACGCAAAAGCAAAUGUUGAAACAUCCUAUCAGUCUUAUCUUGAUUCAACUAAGUCUCUCUUUUUCGGCAUCCAAGGUUUGGCAUUCUAUUCUUCAUAUGUUUGCAGUAGUUUAAUUGUUUAUUAUGUUCUCAAGACAGAUGACAAAAUUAAAAGUUCAAACUAUUCGUGUGGAGCAGAUUUUUGUAGUGCUACUAAAGAUGGCUUCAGUAAUGGCUUAGAAAAAGUACCAAAUGAAACAAGAUAUUUAUUAACUGGCGUAUGUAUGACAUGUGGAUUUAUAGCUCCAUUUAUAAUUUGGUUAUUUUUGGAUCGGAUAGAUACUGUGAAAAACAAUGUAAAACUCUCAUGGGGCCAUGUCUUUGCUACCAUUAAAUACAUUAAAAAGAAAGACCAGAUUCUUCUAAUACCUUUUACGAUUGCCACUAGUCUUUGCAGAGGAUUUCACAUAACUGAUUUUACAAAGUCUUAUAUUGCGUGUACCUGGAGUAUAUCCCACAUCGGUCUGUUCACUCUCAUCUACGGAAUCUCAUCUGCUCUGUCAGCCAUCUUUUCUGGUGCCAUAAUCAAGUGCGUUGGAAGGAGAUCAGUUCUGAUACCAAUCCAUAUAAUCGUCAUCGCCAACUUCGUCUUUCUCUUUUUCUGGAGCCCAAGCGCACAGCAGCCAUACAUCUUUUAUGUACAAGUUACUAUCAACGGCUUGAUCACUUCAGCAUUAGUCACACAAUCGAAAGCUUUUUAUGGUAUUGUCUUCGAAGGUGAUGAAGAAACAGCAUUUUCGAGUUGCAACUUAUAUGCCUCAAUUGGAUGGGCCGUACCUUUCAUCUAUAAUGACCUCUUUUGCACUUCUGUGAAAAUAAUCAUAGUGCUUGCAUUUUCUUGUGCCGGGUUUCUGGGAUAUUUACUUGCUGAAAAGAGUUACAAUUCGAGAAAGAAGGAAAUAAGUGAAUCUAUAUGA